AUGGCCGGGGCCGGGAAACCUGCCGGCGCCCGCGCCAGGGCCAGAAUUGCUCCCGGCGCUUGCGGCAGGGCAGGAAUCGCCGACGGCGCUCGCGCCAGGGUCGGGAUCGCCGCCAGCCUUCCCGCCAGGGCCGGGAUCGCUGCCGGCCCUCGCGCCAGGGCCAGGAUCGUCCGUGCAACUCCUACCUUCGCCCCCAACAUUACCGCCCAAGCCCAUCCGGGAGGAGCAGCCGGACAAUGCCGACUGGUUGCUCCCGGCAUGUCAAAACGGAGACGAAGAAGCGUGCGGAGGCAACGAGCCACAAGGGAGUCUUUCGGUACGGUGAUGGGGUCCAACGAGGUCAACACGUCGAUUUCGAGCGUGAAGAAGCCAGAAGCUGUAAAGCUGCUCCUGGCCCAGGACGCGUGGCGUGUAUCCAAAGGUGUCGACCCUGAUUGAAAGCAAGCUCCGCAGGGCACCCCUCAAGCGAAGAGGGUGGCGAAGGAAGCGAAGGCGAAGCUUGCUGCCGAGGAGGAAGAGCGCAAGAGGAGAUGCCGUUCCAGCGGGGAUGCGGCAAGGUUAUGCUUCAUCGUGUUCUCGGACGAGAUGUACGAGAAGGUCCUCACCAGCGAACAGGCGCCCACGGAUCGAAACAAACGCGACAACCAUGCCAUUGGGGUGGAGGGAAGAAUGGACGUCC